UUCUUCACAUUUUUCUUUCUAGGUCGUAAUGAACUCAUCGCAAGGUACAUCAAACUCAGAACGGGGAAGACGAGAACAAGAAAACAGGUGUCAAGUCAUAUUCAGGUGUUAGCAAGAAGAAAAGCAAGGGAACUCCAAGCACUAUGUAAGGUUUCGAGUCAUAUACAGGUUCUUGCCAAGAGAACUGCUCGAGAAAUCACGAAGACCUUCAAGCAGGAUCAAGCGACAAAAGACAAGGCCUUACAGAGCAUGGCAGCGAUGUCAUCAGCGCAGAUCGUCUCGGCCACUGCCUUACAGAACAAAGCUGCUGCCAUGGGGCUUGGGGGUUUAGGGUUACCGGGUGCAGCCCCUCUCAGACCGCCCUACCCAGGAACACCGUUUUUGAGGAGAUGGGAGCUAGAGGGACAAAAUCAGUUAGAAUUAAAGCAAUUAUGGCAACCCGGGCUCACACAAGCAGGACCAUCUCAUGACCCUUCCAUUCUCUACCCCAGCAUCAAACCAUUCACAUCAGCCCAGCCUUACCCUCCGACGGCGACGACGGUCAGCGAGUACGCGUCGGCCACACCCGCGUGGGAAGGAAGGUCAAUCGGCAUGAGGAAGCUACGGCUCGUCGAGUUCCAAGCCUUCAUCGAGAGGACGAGAGAACCAGACAGCUAUAACAAGCAUUUCUUUGUUCAUCUCGGUCCUAACGUCAGCUUCUACGACCCCCUCCUAGAGGCAGUCGAUGUGAGGCAAAUAUACGACAAGUUUCCUGAGAAGAAAGGCGGGUUAAAAGACCUCUAUGAGAAAGGGCCUGCUGAAGCUUUCUUCCUCGUCAAAUUCUGGGCGGACCUCAACACGAAUAUGUCAGACGAAACAGAUGUCUUCUAUGGAGUCACAAGCCAUUACGAAAGUGAAGAGAAAAUGACAAUCACGUGUUCAACCAAAGUCUGUUCGUUUGGCAAACAAGUUGUAGAAAAAGUAGAGACGGAGUACGGGAGGUACGAGAACGGUCACUUCAUCUACGAGAUCUCGCGGUCGCCCAUGUGUGAAUACAUGAUCAACUUCAUCCACAAACUCAAGCAUCUCCCAGAGAAAUACAUGAUGAACAGUGUUCUAGAGAACUUCACAAUUCUACAGGUCGUCACGAACAGAGACACGCACGAGACGUUACUAUGCAUCGCCUUUGUCUUUGAAGUGUGUACAAGUGAACAUGGGCCGCAACAUCACAUUUACAGACUUGUCAAAGACUAGCACACUUUUAUUGGAUAAAGACUCGGGAGAAGACUAGCUUUAUACUUUUGUUUCCCACCUGUGCAAGAACUGCCAAUUCUUGAAUUUUUCUCUUCUCGUUUUUAUCGUCUUUUCAACGUUUUUUAUCGCUGCUGGGGAGGAGUGUGAUCUCAAUGAUAGUGUAUCAUUUCUUUCUUGUGAAGUUUUGUGUGGGAUAACUGUGAUGAAUGGAGCUCGAGGCAUACUGGAGAGUGGAUGAUCGCUUGGAAAGAAACCUCAUUGAAAGUGUCAAAGGGGUGCGUCCUUGGCACUGUUUCUUCAAUGCAGCAGUGUUCAAACCCGGAGAAUGGUGGAUGAGUAGGAAUGAUACGUCAAGCAAAACAUUCUAAGAGUCCACACUACAGCUCGACUUCUGUGCUCCAAUACUCCAAGGUGCUGUGUUCUGACAUCUCUAACUCUACAUGCUUCGUUUCCGUGCUACACGCAAAGUGACAAUGUGAAGCAUCAAGUUCUUCACAGACACAACUUCACGCUCUUUGAUUGAGUUGUCGAGACAUCCCUGUGCCCCGUUAGUGCCCUUCUGCGUUGCAACAUACUGUGGAGCUAUUAUCCAAAUAGCCAUCGAGGC